AUGAAAUUGAAAUAAUAUUGAGUGUAUCCAGGUCUAUCUACUGUCCAGUCUAUGAUUAAAAGCAACCCCUGCUUAACAAGUAAGAAGACUAUGUUGGGACAAACAUUUAUAAAUCAAUUUCCUUCUAUUUUAACUACUGAUGUAGUUCUCAUUUCAAUAAUUUUAAUCCAAUUACUUGUGAUUGUAUGGAUAAGAUCUUUCAAAAAAAGUGAAAAUAAACACAAAAAUGAAUAUAUUAAAACCAAAGAGGAUUUGAGAUUCAAUCGAGCGAAAGGAAAUAAUGAAAAUAUGAUAUUUUUAGAAGAAAUAUAUUUAGAACUUCAGGCACUAAAAAGACUGCACAACAAUAUUUUCAGGAGCAUUCUGAGAAUGGACUUAAAGAUAAAAAAACUGAUUCAGCUUAAACAUCGGCAGCAUUCUAGGAGGAACAAAUAUAAAGAAAAACUCAAAUCACAUAACCUAAUUAAACCUGAAGAAACUUUUCAAGUAAAGGAUAUGACACAUAUUUUCAAUGAAUUGCAGGAUAUAGAUGAACUCCUAAACCAAACCAGAGAAAAGACGGCUAUCAACAGAAAGAAUAUGUAGUUUAUAUUUACAUAGUAUUUCUAUCCAAUGAUCAAUGAACAGCAAUAAAAUAUCAAAAUAUGAAUGUUCUACUACAUAAUUCAAGUAUCUUGAAGAAAUGUAAGAAUAAAACAAACAUUG